AUGGAGGGGGCCGCUGCGCCCGCGGCCGGCCCGGACUUGGGGCCGGGGGCGCCGGGCUCUCCGCCGGAGGCGGGUGCGAUCGCAGCCCCCUCGGCGGCGGGCCCGGAACCCAGGAAGCCGCACGGUGUGAAGCGGCAUCACCACAAACACAACUUGAAGCACCGCUACGAGCUGCAGGAGACCCUGGGCAAAGGCACCUACGGCAAAGUCAAGCGGGCCACCGAGAGGUUUUCGGGCCGAGUGGUGGCUAUAAAAUCCAUCCGUAAGGACAAAAUUAAGGAUGAACAAGACAUGGUUCACAUCAGACGAGAGAUUGAGAUCAUGUCAUCCCUCAACCAUCCUCAUAUCAUCAGUAUUUAUGAAGUGUUCGAGAACAAAGAUAAGAUUGUGAUCAUCAUGGAGUACGCCAGCAAAGGGGAGCUGUACGACUACAUCAGCGAGCGGCGGCGCCUCAGCGAGCGGGAGACCAGACACUUCUUCCGGCAGAUCGUCUCCGCCGUGCACUAUUGUCACAAGAAUGGUGUGGUCCACCGGGACUUGAAGCUGGAAAAUAUACUGCUCGAUGACAACUGUAAUAUUAAGAUUGCGGACUUUGGGCUUUCCAACCUGUACCAGAAGGACAAGUUCUUGCAAACGUUCUGUGGGAGCCCACUCUACGCCUCUCCUGAAAUUGUCAAUGGGAGACCUUACCGAGGGCCAGAGGUGGACAGCUGGGCCCUGGGCGUACUGCUUUACACUCUUGUUUACGGAACGAUGCCCUUUGAUGGUUUCGAUCACAAGAACCUCAUCCGGCAGAUCAGCAGUGGUGAAUAUCGGGAACCCACGCAGCCCUCAGAUGCUCGAGGCCUCAUUCGGUGGAUGCUGAUGGUGAAUCCCGACCGCCGGGCCACCAUCGAGGACAUCGCCAACCACUGGUGGGUGAACUGGGGCUACAAGAGCAGUGUCUGUGACUGUGAUGCCCUUCACAGCUCUGAGUCCCCACUCUUGGCCCGCAUUAUUGACUGGCACCACCGUUCCACGGGGCUGCAGGCUGAAGCCGAAGCCAAAAUAAAAGGCUUGGCCAAACCUGGGGCCCCUGAGGUCGUGCUGGAGCGUCAGCGGUCGCUGAAGAAGUCCAAGAAAGAGAACGACUUCCCUCAGUCUGGCCAGGACUCGGUGCCCGAGAGCCCAUCCAAGCUGAGCUCCAAGCGGCCCAAAGGGAUCCUGAAGAAGCGGAGCAACAGCGAGCAUCGCUCUCACAGCACUGGCUUCAUCGAGGGUGUCGUCAGCCCAGCCUUACCGCCCACUUUCAAGCUGGAACAGGACUUGUGCCGGACUGCCGUGCCCCUGCCAAGCCCCCCCGAGGCCGAAGUGCCAGGUAAACUCAGCCCCAAACAGUCGGUCACGAUGCCCAAGAAAGGCAUCCUGAAAAAGACCCAACAGAGAGAAUCGGGUUACUAUUCGUCCCCGGAGCGCAGCGAGUCUUCAGAGCUGCUGGACAGUAAUGAUGGGCUGGGCAGCAGCAUCCCCUCCCCCAGCCCCCCGGACCCGGCCAGGGUGCCAUCCCACAGCCUCUCCUGUCGCAGAAAGGGCAUCUUGAAGCACAGCAGCAAGUACUCAGCGGGCACCACGGACCCGGCCCUGGCCAGCCCUGAAAUGCCCACACUGGAAUCCUUGCUAGAGCCAGGCGUCCCCACCGAGGGCCUCUCCCGGAGCUACAGCCGGCCUUCCAGCGUCAUCAGCGAUGACAGCGUCCUGUCCAGCGACUCCUUCGACUUGCUCGACUUGCAGGAGAACCGCCCCACCCGCCAGCGCAUCCGCAGCUGUGUCUCUGCCGAGAAUUUCCUCCAGAUCCAGGACUUUGAGGGGCUCCAGAACCGGCCCCGGCCCCAGUACCUGAAGCGGUACCGGAACCGGCUGGCAGACAGCAGCUUCUCCCUCCUCACGGACAUGGAUGACGUCACUCAGGUCUACAAGGCGGCUCUGGAGAUCUGCAACAAGCUCAACUAG